CAUAAUUAUAUGUGUAAGAAGCCAGAUUUGGUAGUGUCAUGAUCUGCUGCUAAUGCCCACUAAAUAUGAUAAAACGUGUAACUUAUUCUCCUUAUAAUCUGAAGAAACCUGAAAGUUGUCUUACAGUUUCCAAAUUCCUACUGCACCAUCCAUUGACAGAAGAAAUGAGGGUAGAAAAAGAAAAUUUAUGAAUUAACCCUGACUCGCCCACCGUUUUUUUAGGUACUACGUCGAUAUAAAGCUGCCAAUGGCCCAACAUAAAUACUGAACGUUUUAAGAACACAUUUGUAAAUAGAUUAACUUUUAAAAACAACCUUUAUUAUUAUUAUUAUUAUAAUUCAGCUUUUAGUGCGAUCGAUCAACACUGGAUUUUCCAAAAACCGCAGCUGCUCGAGCAAAAAGGGAGACGCAGUCAUUUAAUUAUCUCAAACAUGUCCACAUUUCCACAUGUCUGCAAAUUGUUUCUAGUGUCUCAGCGAUCGGAAAUUUUAAAGUGUAUUCGUCGAAGAUUAGAUAAAUAUUUUGCAAUGAGACACCCCUUAGCUAGCUGAGUUUCAAAGGGAUGAUUAUUUGCUCAAAUUGGUAUGGAAUAAGCUUGAAAUACAAGCUCGUUGGUAGGUAGAAAUUCAGGAAUCUUGGGAUUUUGGAAUUGGAACAUGAAAAUGAAGUCAGGAGGGAGGUAGUUCCAGAUUAAAACAUGUGUACUCUAUUCUAUUCUUGCAUUUACAUUUCUAUUAACACAUUCUUUACAUUUCUAAGAGCUAAUUGGUGAGAGAGUGAAUUUCAAUUAACCCUGACUCGUCAAGAUAUUUGAAGUUAAUUUACUGUAGAAUUUCAAAAUUGUUCACACCUACAUCAUCUGGUUUUAUUUAGGUUUUGUCGUAAAUUCAGAACUCGAGCAAUGAGAAGUGGAAAGGUCUUUCAUUAUUACAUUUAUGAAUUUUUAACAUGAGCCUCGGGCUUAUAAGAUUACACAAGCGUUUCACACAUUUACUGUGCGUGAAGAGGUGGCUGAAUUUUUCUGGUGCGAGUGUAACCUCACGCGAUACUAAAAACACGAGGAUGUUUACUGAAGACGCCAGCAGAUCCUAUGGUAAAGUCAGGCAACCGUUUCGGCUCCUUUCUAGAUCGACCCUUCGCAUAAAAGAUAUGCUCUAGUGCUAGACACAAAGCUCAGUCUCGGGAUUUCAAGGUAAUCGCUUUUCACGCACUGAUAGAGACACUUUCCUUUUUUCCCAGAAAAGAACAAAGCUGUAUUGUUUACAAAAAUAGCCGAAACAAGCCCAUGAGUAAUGCAUGGCAAUGAGAUGCAGAGCCAUUCUCGACGCGUGUUCCCCGGUGGGAUUACACUCGAAGUGUCCGGCCAACAUGAAGUUUCUCUUAUGCGGUUUGGUUUGUACUUUAACUCUGAUUCAAGCUAUCACAACAACUGCAAGAGCUGUCUGUCUGGAUUCUACAGUUACAUUUGCAGUCAAUUCUGGAGUUAACGCAAGCCUUCCUUUCAACGCAUCAGAUUAUGAGAAUCAAAAAGAUUUCCGAGUCUAUCGUGCUCAGAGAAACUCUAUAGAAUUUGCUCACAUGACAAAAGAUGUAUCGAAGGGCGAUUGUUCUGGUCCACUGUCGGAUCUUUGUGUGAAGGGGAAGAUAGAGUUUGCGAGGGAUAACCAAACCCAUUUGUUAUUGGUGAAGAUCUUCCAUACCACUGUUAAUGACAGUGGUCAAUACGCAGUCUGGACUAGAUUUUACAGUGGUAAUUUCCAUGACGACGAGAAAACAGCGAAAUGCUUAAAGGUGAUAAAUGUGAAAGUAGAAGAUAACACUACAGUAGCCACGACAAGUCCAGUUUCUCAGUCGACUCAAGUCUACAGCACCAGCAGCAGCCCAGAAACCCCGACAAGUCCAGUUUCUCAGUCGACUCAAGUCUACAGCCCCAGCAGCAGCUCAGGUCCCGGAGGGAAGACAGCAGUGAUUGUACUAGGGGUUCUUUUAGCUAUCACAUUGCUCAUAAUUGCCGGCGGUUUACUCUAUUAUUUUAGAUGUCUUAAAAAGCCUAAACCAUCAAAAUCAGGACGUAAUGGCGAAGAAAUGGAUUUCAUUUGAGUAUAAUAUAAUAACGAGCAAAUGGCUCACAAUGAAGCGCCAACUCAACCAGACAACUGAAUGGCCCAAAGAACCACUGAAGGGAGAGAAAUUGUUAUUUUCUUUCAUUCCGCAUUUUAUUAUUUUCAUUCUCCUUAUUAUGCCGUUACUCUUACGGAAACUGUGGUCAAAUAAAAAUCCAUUUGAAAAAUUUAUA